AUGUAUUCUACGGGAAAUGUGCACGAUGUGACAAGUGAAGAUGGCCAUGCCUCGGGAGAAACGGAAUUACAGCCAGAGAAUGGAGGAGGAGAAGAGGCCCCCGUGCCCGUUCGGACCGUUUGGCCGAAGAAGCAGCUCGACAAUAGCAGACCCCAAAACCGCACUAUUCCGUUUAACCAGCUCGCUCGGAGUGACCAGCUGUUGGACAUUGCUACAAAUGGGGCCAAGGUGAACAGGAGGAAACUCGCCGAGGAAUUGAAAUGGCUUCCUGAUCCGCUGUCGUUGGCGCAUCGUGUUGGCCUGUUGUUGAAGGAUCAUGAAGUGGGGUUUGCUGCUGAGUUGAUUCGCGAAGCGCAGAAGAAUCAAAUGAAUUGUUUGGUGGCGUGGAAUCAUCUCUUGGAAUACUGUAUGGAGAAGGAUGCGCAGCGGGCUGCAUUCAGGUUUUACAAUGAUAUGAAAAAAAGAGGACUGAGACCUAAUAGAGCGACAUAUACGAUUAUGCUGCAUGGUUUGAGCAAAACCGGAAAGCCCAUGGGACUUGACCCUGUCAAGACCGCGGUAUCCAUUUACAGAUCCAUCUCCGCUCCGGGCUCCAAAGUCGAACCGAAUAUCAUCCACCACAAUGCUAUGCUCGUUCUAUGCAGCCGUCAUGGUAACAUGGACAUGUUGUGGCAGAUUGCUGGUGAACUUCCGGAAGAUGGGGCGACUUCUCCGGAUGCAACUACCUAUACUAUCAUUUUGGAUGCUAUCAGAGGCGCAAUCCAGAGAGAUGUGGAAAAAAUGGAGCCACAUGAAGUUGAUAGAGCCUAUGAAAGAAAGACCCAGGGUAUCCAGGAGGGUAAAAGGGUAUGGUUUGAUGUUGUUCAUCUGUGGAAGAAUGGACAGUUCACAAUUGACAACCAUCUUGUUGGUGCAAUGUGCAAGCUUCUCAUGGAGCGUGGAAGCGAGAUGGACUACUAUGAGGUGUUUGCCUUGUUUAACCAAACCGCCGGCAUACCGAUUCUGGCUAGGAAGCCCUUGACGGACACAUAUAACAAGCAGGGUCGCUUCCAAGAAAACCAAGAAGAGGUGGAAGACGUGCCAUUUGUGGACGAGGGUGACCGAUUGCUCAGACGGCCGGACGAGGAGGCUGAGGUGCCCAAAGAAGAGGAAGCAGAAGAAAACUUUGAUAACCUUUUCGACCCAAUCACUACGGAAGACGCCCCUCUGAAACGGAAGAGCUUCGCACCUGAAGCCGAUGGAAUAAAAAGUCAUGACCUCUUUGGGGCGAUGUGGAUUCCGGUUGGUAACACGGACCUCACAAUGAUCUUGAACGCCUGCGUUGAUAUGAAUCAAGGGCUAGGGUCUGGAAAAGCCUACUGGCAAAAUAUCACCCAAGAGGAUCACGGAUACAAAGUAGAACCGGAUCAUAUCUCUGCUAACACCUAUCUGCGACUUCUACGAAGGGGCCGUUCCAGUCGCAUUGCACUUGAACUGGUGCGUGACCAGUUGUUGCCUAUCGGACAAGUGACGGGAAAGACCAUCCACAUUGCUUUAAGCUGCUGUCGCCGUGACCGCAAGAACAUCAAUGUUUUCAAGAUCUCCAAUGAGCUCCUUGCACUCAUGGACACUGCUCUUGCUCUUCCCGACCCACGGGCAUUAGAAGGCUACCUUUCAAUGAUUCAAAUCCUGGAGGAAAACCCCCAGUCCCUGAUAUCGCUGAACGGCCUCGAAGUGGAAGGACGCCGAUCGAACAAUCUAGCAAUCUUGGGCCAGAAAUUGCAAGUCACCUUGCAGACCACUGCCAUUGGUCUAUUGCGCCCUCAUAUUGCCAAACUUCACGAGGCCAUCACCAAAAGUACAGCGAUGCCCGGCGCAAGCAGAGGCCGGUUGCCAAAGGCUACCCAAGCACAUGCCGUCCAGGGUAAUCUUGCCUUGAAGGUUAUGGUCCGCACAAGAGGCCUGAUAGACGCGAUAUUGAAGCCGGAGAAUGCUUCUUUUAUCUCCAAGACCGACCGCAAGCAGUAUGAGAAGGAGUCUCAGCAACUGAGGGUUUACUCGAACAAAGAGUCGUUCAGACAUCUCCAAGACAAGAUGUCAAGGUUGAUUCCCACCCCGGAGCAAAUCCUCGAAUUCCAUGAAAAGAAUCCGCUAGAAAUGGAGGCGCCAGAAGAAAAGAAACCGGAAGAUGAAAAGGAAUAA